CUGUCAAAGCACAAAAUAUUGCAUUGAACAACAUUCGCUAAACAGGUCUAGUGUUUUUAUUGUGAGAAACAAAAUUGAAAAUAAAAGAAAUUGGAUUAAAUUUUUGAAUCUUUCAAAAUGCCAUUGCGAGAAAGUGAUUCGGAUGAAUCGAUUGAUCAGUUGGAGCAGUUUCGCAAUGCAAACGUAAAGCCUGGAAUGUUUGUGAGUGGAUGGGAAGACCCGAACGAUGAAGUUUUUGAAGAAAAAAAUCCAAGAGAAACCCUCCACAAAGAGAUUUUAUGGGCAACCGGUGAAGGUAAAGCUGAUUUGGUGGAAAGUAUUUUGAUGCGUGAUAUCACAACAAAAGACUCGCGUGAUGAAGAUGGCUAUACACCGUUGCACCGAGCGGCCUAUUCAAAUAAUGUGGAAAUCGCCAAGAUUUUGAUUCAGUAUGGAGCCGAUGUGAAUGCACGAACGGAAUUUGGAUGGACACCAUUGCAUUCGGCGGUGAAAUGGUCAAAUGCUGAAGCGGCUUCAUUUUUGCUGCAACACGGAGCAGAUGUCAAUGCAUUAUCACAAGGUCAACAAACGCCACUUCACAUCGCCGCUACAGUGUCCAAUUGUCGAGAAACAGCGAUGACUCUUUUGAUGGAACCAAACUGUAACGCAAGUGCUCUGAACAAUUCUGCGGAAACGGCAGCAGAAAUUGCACGACGAACCGGCCGUUUGUACCCACUCUUCGAAAUGGGCCACUCAGCAUUCACAGUCGAAACGGGCUUAGUUGACUAAAAUCGAUUUAUCGUGCAUUUUCAAUUCACUCAAGACUUACGGUUAAUGUUGAAAACAGUGAUCUUAAUAAAUUUUCUAUUUAAUUUA